AUGCCCCUCUCAGGGAAGCACAGCAUGACCACCCUCACUCCUGCAAAUUCUUCAUCAAGAUGGUGCCCAACCCCAGAGCAACUGAUGAUCCUUGAGGAGAUGUACAGGGCUGGCAUCAGAACCCCCAAUGCCUCUCAAAUCCAACACAUCACUGCCCAGCUCUCCCUCUAUGGCAAGAUUGAGGGCAAAAAUGUAUUUUACUGGUUCCAGAACCACAAGGCCAGGGACAGGCAGAAGCUCAGGAGGAAGCUUUGUAAGCAACUGCAGCAACAGCAACUUCUCUAUAAUCACCACCACAAUUAUCAUAAUUACCAUAAUAACCCUUAUCAUCAUCAUCAUCACCACCAGCAGCAGCAGCAGCAGCAGCAGCAGAGCCUUCUUGGGUACCUUGACCAUCUCAGCCCUCCUGCUUCUUCUUCUACUCUUCAACAACUUUCCAACUGUCAUAACUACUCAUCAGCUGGCUUUCUUCCCCCUCCUCAGGUGGGAGUUGAAGAUGCCUUGAUGAAGCACGCGUGGAAGAUGGAGAUCCCACAGAGGGUGGAGAUGGAGAAGUCCGUGAUGAGUAUGUACGGCCGUGAUUGGAUGAUGAUGAUGAUGGAGGAUGUGGGCCCACCCUCUCCAUGUUGUAGUACUAGUACAAGAACUACUACUACUAGACAACCCCUCAAGACCCUUCAACUCUUCCCCAUCACCGCCACCAAUCUCAAAGAAGAAUCCUCACCCUCCUCCUCCAAUCCUCUCUCUCCUCCCACCACCCCCACACCAAAUUACUAA